CAUAAGGAAGAAAUCUUUUACAAUGAAGGCGGUUAAACACCGGAACAGGUUGACCAGGGACAUGGUAGAUGCCCCAUCCCUGGAAACAUUCAAGGCCAGGCUGGAUGUGGUUCUGGGCCACCUGAUCUAGUUGAAGAUGUCCCUGCUCAUCACAGGGGGGUUGGACUAGAUGACCUUCGAAGGUCCCUUCCAACUCAAACCAUUCUAUGAUUCUAUGUGAUUAUCCUUUUUCUUCUUCUUUUUUUUUUUUUUUUAAACCCAGUUGAGUCAAGUACAAGAGACAAAUCCCACUACUGGAAGUCUUGAAAUCAUCUCUAUUACAGAAGAUGAACCACCAGUCCCAGAAAUACAGUUUUCCUUCAAACGAUUUUUCUGCAUACCACAAGCAAAAGUGGACCCCACUGCAGAUGGAUGUGGAGAUAUCGAACCACCUUCAAUGUGCCAUGUUUUUAUGUCCCUAAAGUACUUUCCAUAUAUCUGUGGUUUAUUCCUCGCAGUAAUCCUAGCAGUUGCCAUUGGCCUGGGUGUCCAAUACAACUGCAUUGGGAAGUUUCGCUGCAGAUCAUCCUUUAAGUGUAUCCAGAAAUCAGCCAGGUGCAAUGGUGUCUUCAACUGUAAAGAAGGGGAGGAUGAGUACAGAUGUGUCAGGUUGAGUGGCAAGAAAGCAGUGCUGCAAGUGUUCACUUCUGGAUCCUGGCGAACAGUCUGCUCUGAUGACUGGAAAGCAGAGUAUGGAAAUACUACCUGCAAACACCUGGGUUUCUCAAGUUACGUGAGUUCAGGUUACCUGCCCGUGGCUGCUGUUGAAAAACAGUUUCAAAGACAUUUCGUAUCCCUCAGUGAGUGGUUAUCAGCGGAUCAAGCUACAUCCCUGCACAAUGCAACAAGCCUCAGAGAGGAAUGCACUUCUGGCAAUGUGAUCAUCUUAAAAUGUUUGGCAUGUGGGACACGGGCCAGCUACAGGCCACGGAUCGUGGGGGGCAACGCGUCCUCCCCUCAGCAGUGGCCCUGGCAGGUCAGCCUGCAGUUCCAUGGGCAGCACCUCUGCGGAGGGUCCGUCAUCACCCCGCGCUGGAUCAUCACAGCUGCCCACUGUGUCUACGACCUGUACUUCCCGAAGUCAUGGAGUGUGCAGGUUGGUUUUGUGACUCAGCAAGAUACCCAGGUUCACUCAUAUUUGGUGGAAAAAAUUAUAUACCAUCGGAAUUAUAAACCCAAGACAAUGAGAAAUGAUAUAGCACUGAUGAAACUGGCAGCACCGCUUGCUCUCAAUGGUCACAUAGAGCCAAUUUGUCUGCCUAAUUUUGGUGAACAGUUCCCAGAAGGGAAAAUGUGCUGGGUAUCAGGAUGGGGAGCAACCGUGGAAGGAGGUGAUACAUCUGACACCAUGAAUUAUGCAGGUGUUCCUCUGAUUUCUAAUGCAAUUUGCAAUCACAGGGAUGUCUAUGGAGGGAUCAUAAGUCCUUCAAUGCUUUGUGCCGGUUUCCUGAAGGGAGGGGUAGACACGUGCCAGGGAGAUAGUGGGGGCCCUUUAGCAUGUGAAGAUAGGAGUAUCUGGAAGUUGGUGGGGACCACCAGCUUUGGAGUGGGCUGUGCAGAAAAGAACAAGCCGGGUGUCUACAGCCGAACCACCUCUUUCCUGGACUGGAUACAUGAACAGAUGGAGAGAGAAGAGCUGCAGACCUGAGGAGAGUAGUGGUGCUUCUGAACACUCACAGCCCCACAGAAGGACUCACCACACUCUUCUGGACACCUGCUCCGAACUUUGUACCUUCACAGACUACUUUGUACCAUUUAUUUUUGGUACUGGUAGCUGUACUUAAUGAAAACUGCUGCACAUCCAGCCUCCUUUGGAUGGAAGAGACAGUUGAAUGCUGGAUGAUGGGCAUGCGUAUUUACUGUCAGCUAUGAAUUUCACACAUAGAAAAAGCUCUAAGACUGAUAACCCAGGAUGCUUUAUCCCAAUAAAGUUUUUCAGGAACAAUGAGUAAAAGACUAGAACAACUUCAGAUCAGGUUGUUAGCUGUUAUUUAAUACUUACCUUCC